AUGUGGAGAACCAUCAGAUUUGUUCAACCACAAGAUCCUUCAAGUUCGAGAACAAAACCAAAGCAUAAAUCUCCAGAACUUCGCCGACAAGGUUUCUUUGAGUAUGAACUUACUUCUGGAGAUAGAGUAUAUGAAUUUGAGUUCAACCUAGAUGAUUUCAGAAGUCGUCUGAGAUUUCCAGAAGCUGAUUCUAAUGGUCAUAAUAACUUUGAUGAGUUUGAGUCAAAUGAUAUCAUGUUCGCUACUUUGAUAUCACUUGGGUAUGAAGUGUCAAUUGUUGGGUCUCCGAAACCAAUUAGAUCUCCACCUCCGAAAACAUGUUCUUUGAGAUCUUCUUCUUCACCAAAAACACCGUCACCUCAACAUUCAUCAACUUCAUCUUCAUCACCAUCAAUACCAAAAUCACCUCAAAUGCCUAUUCAUCAAUCCUCACCACUUCCUGAAUUCAAUUCACCAAUUCCACCAACCAUGGAACCAUCGCAAUCUCAAACUAUCAUCUCACAAAUUCCUUCAUCUUCUUCACUUCCAUUAUCACCAACACCAACAUAUUUUCAAAAUCGAAGAAAAUCAAUUCCUGUCAACAUUCAGAAAAACCUUAAGAGAUCAAGAAUUGAAGAUGCACAUGACUUAAAUGAAACUGACUCUGAUGAUGAAACUGAAAAUAAAUUUGCUGAUGAUGUAAUGGAUAUUCUGGAGGGACAAAGGGGAAAUGAGGGAGGAGUUGAAAAUACCCGAGAGGUUGAGAGAUCCGGGCUAGGAGAAAGGCAAAAAGAAAACGUUGGCCUCCGCUUAGUUGAAAACAUUUAUAAACGCCGGAUUCGACCUAGGUUAGAAGACGAGAGCUCCCAACUCUUGCAAAGUCAAACCUCCGCACGCCAUUCGGAAGUCUCUCAACAGACUGACGUCUCAUCAUUGCACGAGCUAAAUCCACGAAAUCCUGAGACAGUAAUGAUGUCUUCAGGUCACUCGGUAGACUCACUUGAGGCUACUGAAGUGUCAGAAUCUGUUCUUCCUCUUCCUGUUGACGCUCAAAGGUUGAUAUCUCAGUUUGUUGAAGGGAUUGAGGAGGGUCAAACAAGUGAACUCCUCGUGGCUAGAAAUGUUAUAACUGGAAAGCUCCCAGCCACCGAAUCCAGACCUUUACUGAGAUUGCGUACUGGAGGUGCUCUUGUAAUUCGUACUCCAGUAGCAUCUACAUUUCCAUCAUCAACAACAACAACACCGAUAAUUCCAUCAAUUCCACCAACAACAACAUCCACACCUACUCAAUCAUUCCCUGAUCCCAGUUCACCACAUCAUUCUUCUUCAAGUUCUUCCUCUUCUGAAUCAUUUGCAUCCACUGAAUACUUAAGUGAUUGUUCACCAAACCGUCUUACCACCAGUGGUCUCCCAACCGAUACUUUGAUCGUUUCUCUCUUGAAUAGGUUGAGGUCUGAAGAACCAAAUCUUUCCAAUCAUAAAAGAACAAUCUUUCAUUCACUUCAAGCUUAUCUAUCACAUCAAGAAACUGAAAGAACAAGGCAAGCUAAAGUUGAAGCUUUACAGAAACGGGUUCGUGAGCUUGAUCAACAAUGCAGACUGGCUGAUAUCUCCAGGAGUCGGGAUGAUCAAGAUCCUGAUGAUCAACCCGAGGGGAGAAUAUUAGAGAUAUCGGAGAGGGUCAUGCAAGUAAAGAACAAAAUGUUCAAGAUGUGA